CUUCCUUUAUGGCAGCAUUAAACAUCGCAAGAAUUAAACGUACCAAUAUGUAUUCCUGACAUCUGAGAGCCUAGUUUUUUCUGAAGGGAACCAUUAUUCGUAAAGUCGUCGUUCCAAGUGUUGUGAAAAAAUCGUGAGGAUCAAGAUGCAGACUAUAAAACUACAAUCGUCAGACGGUGAAAUCUUCAACACCGACGUACAAAUUGCCAAGUGCUCGGGCACCAUUAAAACAAUGCUUGAAGACUGCGGCAUGGACGAAGGCGAAGAUGCAGUUGUCCCUCUGCCUAAUGUAAAUUCGACAAUUCUACGGAAGGUUUUGCACUGGGCUAACUAUCACAAGGAUGAUCCCCAGCCCACAGAAGACGAUGAAAACAAAGAAAAACGGACCGACGACAUUUCAUCAUGGGAUGCCGACUUCCUAAAGGUAGAUCAAGGUACGCUUUUCGAGCUGAUUCUAGCCGCCAACUACUUAGACAUCAAAGGACUUCUGGAUGUAACCUGCAAGACAGUAGCGAACAUGAUUAAAGGCAAAACACCCGAGGAGAUCCGCAAAACAUUCAAUAUAAAAAAUGACUUCACUGCGGCCGAGGAAGAGCAAGUACGUAAGGAGAACGAGUGGUGCGAGGAGAAGUAAAUUGGGAACUCCCCUUCAUAUAAUAUCUCGAAAACAUACUAACUCGACAUUUUCGACGUCGAAGUUAUCUGUAAAAAGAUGUUAGACUAUAAACAUUUCAGCUCCAUUUUGUUUUUCGAUCGUGCUGUGUUACUCAUAGGCAUUCGGCGUUGCACCAUAAAUUGCAAGUUUCUCCGUCUCUGAUUCAUUGUCGCUCAGUGCUCUGAGAAUUAUUUGUUUGGAUUCAAUAUACCCCGGCGGUGGGCAAAUAUUUUUUCUGUUGGAGAUGCAAUUCUUGUUUUUCAAAUAAAUUUCAUAUUAAUAUUUUAAACCCAA